AUGUAUGUCUGUUUGAUUGUUCCUUCUCUCAUCCGUCCAUCUUCACUUUUUACCUCUUACUUCUCCGACAACCCCUACACUUUCUCGCAUGUCAUCUUGCGCCCUUAUCUCACAACUCUACUUGUUUCUCUUCUAUGCCAUACCGGGUUCGUCCAAUCUAAUUUCGAUCGUCGCGACUCGCCGGUGGUAAAGCCUGCCAGUGGACAUGCCCUAGAUCUCUCAUCAAUUGUCGGCGACACGAAGGCCACUAGGCUGCUCCAUGGCCGUCGUGCUUUAGAUGUUACCAAAAACGACCCCGAACACGCCGUAUCUGACAGCGAUUCGGCUUCCUCUCCAAAUCUGAGGACUCAAGAGCCUUCAAGACCUCUGCUCGAGGAACUCCACGCUGCGUCGGAUAGGCUAAAGUCGGAAGAAGACCGUAUCAAAGGUGAACAUUUCUUCGUUACAUACGAUCUCUGUGGUUUCUCCUGCGCUACCUACGGCUACUGUCCCGAAAGUAUCUGCGAAUACGACGUGCUGAGCGUUGACCUAAGCCGUCUUUGUAACUUCACAUGCAGGUACGGCUACUGUCCACCUCAGGUAUGUCAAAUUGUCAUACCAAAAGACGAAGAAGAUGGGAAAACGAAGAGAGAAGAAGACGAAACCAAUCAUCGUGCACCAGGCGUGGUUACUGUCCCUCCAACCUUUGGCGAAGACUCAGUCAAGAACCGAGAAAAAAACGAUAAGCAAUGCCUCAUCUACAAAGACGGCUACCAAGACCCAGAGCAACUCACCGGCUGCAAGAAGGCUUGCCAAAACACCCUGGACAAAGCCAAGGAAGAAAACAGAACCAGCAACUACGGCUGCAUACUCUGGAGCCCUGAGAGUGAGGGUGGCCUCAAGAGUAUACCCUGGCAGCGACAACCGUCGACUGGAAGGCUCGUCACCGGAGGAAAAUGCAGCUGCGAUAACUGGCUUGCAAAUGACUUGGUUGACUAUUUUAUUGAAGCACUACCAGCCAUCGCCCAGAUCGGCUGCUUUAUCCUGAUAUCUGCCCUCAAGCUCGUCAUAGACGUCGGUCUGAGCAUUUUUGGGGGUAAAACACUUACUGCUGGUGUUGACAUGGCGCUCACAGCAGUGGAGUUGACCAACUAUGUGUACUCAAAAGAAGAGGAUCCCCUGGGCGCGUUGGAGUGGUGGCUAAGCCCGUGCGGCGGAUCCCAUUUGGUGCCAGCCGAGAUCAAGCAGGCGUUUGAUAUCCUGAGCUUCGCGCCGGGAGAUAAGUCGAGCUACAAAGAGCCGACCAAGAUCAAGAAGCACAGCGGCAAGAAGGGCGACGAAGGUAACCCUCGAUCUGAACCCGGCAAGAGCACAAGUGUUGGCCCCAUCAAGUCCGAGUCCAGCAACACUCGGACGAAAAAGUGCAGCAUCAAGCUUGAAGAUCAAACCAAGACAGUGGGCGUGGCUCUGAAUACACUCGAACUUAGGAGCUGCAACGGCAAAGACGAAACUGUCACAGAACAUUCUGUUCUUUCCACUAUGACGCAUGAACCCUUGGCCACGAGACCCAAGGUCAAGGUGAAUUGCUCGGCGGUAUGGAAUCAGAGUUGCCACAAUUACAGUGCGGUUAUUCGGGAGAGCUCACGAUGGUCCACAUUCACCCUGCCUUCAGCAGUUGCGACAUGGGUAGGUUAA